UUAAUCUGAUUCAGAAACUGCUUUGAAGCAGUCGUUAUUUUGGCGGUAAUCAGCUGAUUCGCUGCGUUUUUUAAAUAUCGAUUCUCGGUUGUGUCUGUGCUUGUUUGAAAAUCAAAUGCAUUAUAAAUUGUAAACAACAAUCAAUGAAAAUGGACAGUCUAAAGUGGAUUAUAUUUAGUUGCCUGUUAUGUUUGUAUGGGACUGAGGCUUACAAGAUUUUGGCUGUCUUUCCUCUACCAAGCAAGAGUCAUGGAAUACUUGGAGACAAUAUGGUCAAACACCUUUUGGAUGCUGGUCAUGAGGUAACAUACAUAACGCCUUAUUACAAGGAAACAAAAACUCACCCAAACCUGAAACAAAUAGACGUGUCUGCUAAUAAAGAAGUAAUCAAUGAAAAUACGAUGGACAUAAAACUGGUCAUGGCUGGGAUAAUAAAUUUGGAAGACCCUGACCUAGUAUUCGAUAUGAUGUUCACGAUAGCGUCUAAGACGUUAGAGAACCCAAAUGUCCAAGAAAUGAUGAGGAACCAAAAAUUCGAUGUUGUCGUGGCGGAGUAUAUGUUCGUCGAUCUAUAUAGCUCAUUUGCUACAGUCUUCCAAUGUCCUCUCGUUUGGUUUUCCACCGUUAACCCUCAUUGGAUGAUCAUGAACUUGAUUGACGGUCCUCUGAAUCCGGCAUACAACGCUGACUACACCCACAACCGCGUGACUCCCUUCACGUUCUACGAUAGAGUUAUGGAGCUAUGGCAUCAAGUGGUUGAACAGUACAAAUUGACACACAAGUAUUAUUACCACGAGGUAGGCGCCUAUGAGAAGUCCAUAGUUCCAAUGCUAAAGGAGAAAGGUAUACCUGUUCCCGAGUAUAAUGAGGUUCGGUACAAUGGCUCCCUUGUUCUGGGUAACAGCCAAGUUGCUAUUAGUGAUGCAAUAGCCUUACCACCCAACUACAAACAUAUUGGAGGAUACCACAUUGAUGAUGAGGUCAAACCUUUGCCAGAGAACUUAAAGAAGAUUAUGGAGAGUAACAAAAAUGGGAUCAUAUACUUCAGUUUGGGAUCGAACAUAAAAAGUAAAGACUUGCCAGUAGAGAUCAAAGAAGGCAUUUUGGAUGUCUUCAAAGGUCUCAAGCAAACAGUUAUUUGGAAAUUUGAGGAAGUUCUCGCAAAUGCUCCCAAAAAUGUCCACAUCGUGCAGUGGGCACCACAGCAAAGUAUUUUAGCCCAUCCUAACUUGGUGCUAUUCGUAACACACGGAGGCCUCCUCUCAAUAACUGAGACCAUCCACCAUGGAGUGCCAGUCGUCAGCAUACCAGUAUUUGCAGACCAGUUCCAAAACGCCAAGCGGGCUGAAAUUCAAGGCUAUGGAAGAAAUGUCCGACUAACACCAAACCUGCCCAAAGAUUUGAAAAAGGCCAUGGAUGACGUACUUGGAAAUCCUAGUUACGCUUCCGUAGCAAAGGAGCUAUCGAAGGCGUACCACCAUCGUCAAACGAAACCAAAAGACGAGAUUAACUUUUGGAUCGACCACGUGGUACAAACAAGAGGAGCCCCUCACCUCCGCUCCGUAGCGAUAAGCUUACCAUACUACCAGCGAUACUUCUUAGAUGUAUUAGCAAUAAUUCUUAUUUCUUUAUUAACUAUAAUUUAUGCUGUAGCCAAGCUUUGGUGCUCGUUAACAAGUAAAUCAAACGGAAAAUAUAAGACAAAUUAGCAAAAAAUGUAGUUAGGAUUAUGUUUUUAAUUGUGUGAUUGUUUUGUCCUUCUUAUGAUACAAUGUAAAAGUUAUUCUCUUUAGUGAAAAUGCAUUUGAUGAAAGUAAAAUAUACUUUUUUACG